AUGCUGGACACUUUCGAGAUCAUAACGACUUCAGGCGUGGUGCUUUGGUCCCGCACAUAUGCCCCUGUCAACCCCUCUGUGAUUAACGACUUCAUCGCCGAUACCUUUAUUGAGGAGAGACAUUCUGGCAAUGUUGUCCGAAGUGCUCAAUCCGCCUCCGCUAAUCCAGCCUACAAAACCGACCACCACACCUUCAAGUGGACCAUGGUUAAGGAGCUCGGAGUUAUCUUUGUUGUUGUAUACCGAUCCCUUCUUCACUUGAGCUGGGUUGACAAGCUUGUCGACAACAUCCAAACCAUCUUCGUCAGCCUCUACGGCGAACAGGUCAAGAAGCCGCACACAACCCUCGUCGAGUGUCACGGGUUUGACGAAUACUUUGAUCAACAACUUCGAGAACUCGACAGAUCCAGUAGUAAAGAUUACACAAAAACCACUGAAGAUGUCGACAGCUCCCCCGAUGGCAAGAGACUUUCUGCACCGGGCCUGACUUAUAGAGGCCGCACUGUUUCCAAUGGCGCCGAUAAAGACGCAGCAUCGCCCGAUUCGACACCCACCGCGUCGCGACCAACGACGCCUGCAAGUAGCAAUCUGGUCGUCGCCAAAGCUGGUCCCGUGGCUAAAAUGUCUAGGCGUGCGCGCAAGGCUAAGCACAACACUGGGCCGGUCUCGUCUGGAGACGAGUCGACUCGCUCUAAAAAGGGUCCAAGCGGCAAAAAGGGUAGAAAAUGGGAUGCCGACGGUUUCGCAGAUGAAGAUGACGACGUGCAGCUCGACUACUCUGCGCAGGGUGGCGACGGCAUCGGCAAGUCCAGUGCAGUUGAAUCGGUCGACUCUUCCACUUGGGGCACAUCCUCCAAGGGCAAGUUCGUGCUACGAGACCUGGGAGACGAGGUACAGGGCAUACUCGCCACUGCAGAGGCGGAAAAGGCCGCUGCCUCGCGUGCAGCGUCGGCCAAGUCCGGUAUUCUCGGCUCUGGCGUAAACGCAAUCAGCGGAAUUUUCCGCAACGUCGUUGGCGGCAAGACUCUGACAUCUGAUGAUCUUGCGAAGGCCAUGAAGGGCAUGGAAGAACAUCUACUACAGAAAAAUGUAGCAAGAGAAGCUGCCGUGCGACUAUGCGAAGGCAUCAAUGCCCGAAUCCAGACAGCUAUGGAGGCAUCUCUCACCAAGAUGCUUACACCGACAUCAUCUUUGGACCUUCUUCGCGAUAUUGACUCGAUAACGUCACCGCCUGUUACAUCUCUCCGCCAGCGUCGUCCCUAUGUUAUGUCGAUCGUCGGCGUCAAUGGCGUGGGUAAAUCGACCAACCUGUCCAAGAUUUGCUUUUUUCUUCUGCAAAACAAGUACAAGGUGCUUAUUGCAGCUGGUGAUACAUUUCGUUCCGGCGCCGUUGAGCAACUCGCUGUGCACGUCCGCAAUCUCAAAGAGUUGACGGUGCGGGAGGGCGGUCAGGUCGAGCUGUACCAAAAGGGCUAUGGCAAGGAUGCUGCCACGGUGGCCAAGGAUGCCGUUGCCCAUGCCGCGCAGGAGCGCUACGACGUGGUCCUUAUUGACACGGCCGGCCGCCGGCACAACGACCAGCGUCUCAUGUCGUCGCUCGAAAAGUUUGCCAAAUUUGCCCAACCCGACAAGAUCCUGAUGGUUGGCGAGGCCCUCGUAGGCACCGACUCGGUCGCUCAGGCGCGCAACUUCAACGCUGCCUUUGGCGCCGUUCGCUCUCUCGACGGCUUCAUCAUCUCCAAGUGCGACACUGUCGGUGACAUGGUCGGCACCCUCGUCAGCCUAGUACACGCAACCAACGUGCCUGUCCUCUUUGUUGGCGUCGGCCAGCACUACUCGGACCUGCGCAACUUUUCCGUGAAAUGGGCUGUUGAGAAGCUUCUCAGCACCAACUAG